ACUCAUCUAACACCAUGGCCCGCCUCCCUCCGCUAUCAUGAACAGAGGCUCAACUCCAAGCUUCUCACCCAUACUAGUACUCGCACGGACCAGCUGUUCACUUCAUCUCUGACACACAUCUCCCCCAAAUCCUGUCUAAUCGACCAGAUUGCACAGACUCUUGGAACCUCCCCCGCUCAUCACCCGCUUGGGCUAUCCGUUCGACACUCGCAACCAUCAUUAUUCCUAAGCUUCGAUCAGCAUGUGGAUUCUUCCGUUACUGGGCUACACCGGUGUUAUAUUUGGCUUUUCGUUCCUGACGCUGGCUAUCGCUUCAGGGCUCUACUAUCUCUCGGAGCUGGUAGAGGAACACACUGUCAUCUCACAAAAGAUAUUAAUACGGCUUAUUCAAGCUAUAAUAGCAGCUCAUAUUCUAUUGAUUAUAUUCGAUGGAUUCCCCGUCAUGUUGACGCUCUUUUCUGCAGCCAGUCACGGCGUGUACUUGAUGAAUGUUACAAGGACAUUCCCGAUGGUCAAACUUACGGAUGGUGUCUUCAUCCUAUCUUGCUGUCUUGUGAUUGGAAAUCAUUUCCUUUGGUUCAAUCAUUUCUCAAACCCAGCCCUACCAUCGGAUCAUCCCUUCAAUCAACACCCGAAUGGCCUGGGCAGAAACCUUUACGACUACUCGUCAUCCGCUGACCCUAGUUUCCCCAGCCGUUUCCCUACGUUCACGGAGAUUAGUGCUUUCUUUGGUAUCUGCGUGUGGCUUGUGCCCUUCUCUCUGUUUGUGUCCUUGAGUGCUGGAGAGAAUGUACUGCCCAGCACUUCCACCACGAUGGGUGGUGGUUCUGCUAGUAAGAGGAGGGGAACGGGGGCGGGGAUGGCUAAAAUGGUUUUUGGGGGAGCUAAGGAGUGGCUAGGAAGCACCGGGGAGGCAUUGGGUAUUGUAAGCCCUGAAGGUAGAGGACAUGCGAGGUUUGAAUGAUUAAUUCGAAGAAAAGUGCAAAACCUGGAUACAUAAUUCAACCUGGG